AUGGUGGAGGGUGAGGGUGAUGCCCAUGAGGGUGAUGGUGAGGUCCAUACUGAAGUUGGAACAGAAAUGGUGGAGGGUGAGGGUGAUGCCCAUGAGGGUGAUAGUGAGGUCCAUACUAAACUUGGAACAAAUAUGGUGGAGGGUGAGGGUGAUGCCCAUGAGGGUGAUAGUGAGGUCCAUACUGAACUUGGAACAAAAAUGGUGGAGGGUGAGGGUGAUGCCCAUGAGGGUGAUAGUGAGGGUGCCCAUGAGGGUGAUGGUGAGGAUGCGGAGGUCCAUCACGUUGAGGAUGGUGAGGUCCAUCAUGUAGAAGAAGUUGAGGUACAUGAUUUUGAGCUAGAGGAUUUAGGAGAGGAUGAUGAUGUAGAGGACAGUGAGGAUGAGGAUGUACAUGAGGCAGAGACUGAGGACGAAGAUGUAGAUUAUGAAGAAGUUGAUGUUAGUGAAGAAAGUCUAAUUGAUGUCAGCGUCCAGUGUGACAUUGGGACUUCUAAAGGAAAUGUGAGACAAGAACCUUCCAGUGUAGUACUUGAGUCUUCACGGUCAGAUAAUGUUUGUAUUGAUGAUGUUCGUGGUUUGUCCGACAAUGAGUGGGUAUUAGAGGAGUUGAUUAGUGGAUCAGAUAGUGAGGACAAUGAUGGGUCCACUAAGAUAAGGUUUCCCACUUUUAGUAUGCCUAAAACUUUGGAGGCUUAUAAAUGGGAAGUAGGAACCUAUUUCGCUGAGAAAAAUGAAUUCACAGAUGCCAUUAGGACUUAUGCACUAAGUAAUGGGAGAAGUUUAAAAUUUAGAAAAGGAUUUCUGUGA